AUGCAAGGAUACACAUUUGAUAAAACUGACCCACUCCGAAUUAAGAGAAAGCAUAAUGAAAAAUCAGCUACCAAUGAAGAUGGUGACAAUAUCAAUGGGGAGGAUUUAUAUGACAUAAGGAGUAAAAAACCAAGAUAUUCAUCUAAUAGAAAUACACUUGAAAUAGAAGGUUAUAGCAGUGAUUCUUCUGUUUUUUCUGUCAGUGAUGAUGACCAAUUGAAAAAAGAGAAUCAAAAUGACGAUGCUCCAGACCAUAAUAUCUCUGAAAGCUUGAGCUCUAAAGCACAUGGAACUUCUAAUGGUAUAGCAAUCAUGGAUAUGGAAGCAUUUGAGAGGGAAAAUAUUGUAGAAGUUCCUGAAGAAGAUAGAACAAAAUUUACAAAUCUAGCUGGGAACGAAGAGGGUGAUAACGACAAUGACAACGAUGUUCCAAUCGAAGCGUUCAAUGUCGAUUAUGAAAAGGAAAAUGGUGUAUUUGAUGCAGAUGGAAACUAUCUUGAAUUUUCAGAUAGAAAAAAGGAUGAGUUAGAGGAGCAAGAUAAAUGGAUUGAUGACUUCAAGAACCCAGAGAAGACUGCGAAAAUAAAACAGGAGCAGAUGCAAAGGUCAAAAAUGAAGGUUGCGGAGAUGAAUAAAGAUAAGAAAAGAUAUCUACUAGGAGAUGCUUUACAGAAAUUACAAUAUUUUUUAACUAAAGAUGAUACAUUGCUAGAGACUUUAAGUAAUCUAAAUUCAUUUAAAAUGAAGCAUAAAACAGAAGAAAUUGAAAAAUAUAUUGUUAAUGUUAUUCAAUUUAUUACUGAAAUGGUACAGCAACUUGAAAAUAAAGGUGUGGAUGAUGUUUACCAACUAACACGGUUAAAAAUUGAAAGCCUCAUAAUAGAUGAGAGUGUUACACAACAUGAUAUUAUUAAUAAUUAUAAAAAUAAAAUAUGGGGAUUCAAAUGGUUAAAAAAAUUGAUGAAAUCCAUGACUUACACACCUCUUAUGAAAAUGCAAUAUUGGAAGAACACUUACUUUAAAAAUGAAUAUGUGAUUGUAAAAUUCCAUGAUGAAAGAGAUGUAGAAGAAAAUUGGUUUUUGAUAGAUUGUGUAAAUUUUAUGUAA